AUGAAAUAGUGAAGCUAUAUGUAAGUAUCUACUGCUGUUGGUUGGAUCACAAGGACAUGGAAUUAAGUGAAACCAGUGUAGAAAUAAGAGAUUGUUCCAUAGACUUUAUUCCUGUAUACAUUAAACAAGAGAGUAGCGAACGUGAGACAGAUUUUAAUGAUGUUGAAAUAAUUAAUGCAGCCCAACAUUUUUGUGCUAUUGAAAUCAAAGAAAGAAAAACAUACAGUGCUACCAGCAACCACAAGGAAUCAAAUAUAAAUAAUAAAGAUUAUUCACAAAAUACAAGCAGCUUAAAUAAUAUAAAUUCUACAUUAAAUCCUACAGAACAAAAUGAUAAUUGUAAUAUCAAUGGAAUUUUGAAUGAAUCAACGUACUUGCAAAAUUUGGACUACGAAAAUGUGAAUAUAGAAAUACAAAAGCCAACGAAUGAAAUUUCAGAAGUUUUUAUUGAUCAAAAUGAACAAAUACAGACAGCUAAUUAUAGUAUUUCAACAGUGACUAUAGCAAGUGAGCUGUUAGGACUAAACUUGAAUAUAAAAAAAGAAGAUGAAAUAGAUCAUGAAACAGUUUAUACAACGGGAUGGCUAUGCAGUGUGGAUAAUGAAAGUGAUCAAUCUAAUAUUUCCAAGACUACCAAAGAUCAGAUCGAAAUUCCUACAGCAAUUGAACCUACAAUAACAUCAUUAACAAAACAAGGGGACCAAACAUCAGAAACUGAUAAUAAUUUGAAAGGCAAGGAAACUAAACCUGAAAGAUGUAGAAGGCAAUUGAAAAUCCGAUUGUUACAAGAUUACAAAGACAAACUUCGGAGGAAAGCAGAGUGCAUGAGAGAAAAAAGAAAAAAGUUAUAUGAACAGGAAAGUGAAGAACAACGUGUACAGAGGUUGGCAAAGGAAGCAGCGAAAAGGCGAGAAAUGAGGAUGUAUUAUGAAACACCAGAACAAAGAAGGAAAAGAUUAGAUGCUGAGGCAGCAAGAAAGAGAGAAUAUAGGAUGUAUAAUGAAACACCAGAAGAAAAAAGAAAAAGGUUGGAUCGUGAAGCCGAAAGAAGGAGAAUGAAAAGGCUUUCACUAUAUGCUACUGAAACUCCUGAACAGAGGAGAGAGAGAUUGAACAGAGAAUCAGCAAAACGACGAGAAGCUCGACUAAAUCAGUAUGCUAAGGAAACACAAGAGGAAAGAAAAGAAAGAUUAAAGAAAGAUGCUUUAAGAGUUAGAGAAAUGAGAUUUACAAGGUCUGCUAUCGAAACAGAAGAGGAACGCAGACAAAGGUUAGUAAAAGAUGCUCUUAGAAAAAGAGAGGUAAGAAUGCAUGGAGGCCAUUCAGUGAAUAAUAAUUUCACUGAACUUCAAACCGUUCGCAAUUUUGAAGAAUUAAACAAUGUGCAGAUAAAGGAGAAUCCUGAUAAUCAGUUGGGAGGUCAUUAUUUGAGCAACUGGAUGAUGUGGUUUCAAAACUCAUUAGCUCAACCAGUUCAAGUUGGAGAACAAAUUGUCAAGUCUCAGUCGGAAAAUAAUACAUAA